AUGGUUUCCGUCUGUCCUGUCGGCUGCUGCUCCCCAGCUCCUGGCGCGGUGCCCGGCACAGAGGAGGACGGGUCACGGGAGGAGAGGGGUCAGACCUGGCAUGCUACUGUUACUCACGAUGUCCAUGACAAGAAGAUGGAAAAUAAUCAGACCCCACCUGAUGGCUUCUUGUCAAAAUCUGCUGCCCCAGAGCUUAUGAAUACGGCAGGAGAUGGUAUCCCACCCAACCAAGUGGAUUCUCUACCUGGUGAUUUCAGUAGUGUCAGGAAAGAUGGCCUAAUUCACGAACCUGAGAGUAAUACAUUUUUAGGAGGAACCAAAAGUUGCAGUGUCUCUGUAGGUGACACAAAAGCCGCAGCAAUGUCUUCAAUGGGAACUGUGCCAAAUGCAUCACAAAUCAGUCCUGCUAUGGCACAGAAAAUUAACGAUGAUAUAAAAUAUCAAUUAAUGAAAGAAUUUCGGAAGUUUGGACGAAAGUAUGAAAGAAUUUUCACUUUGCUUGAAGAAGUGCAAGGACCUCUUGCAGUCAAGAAACAAUUCAUUGAAUUUACCAUCAAGGAAGCAGCAAGGUUUAAAAGAAUAGCCUUAAUUCAGCAACUUGAGAAGAUCCUAGAAAAAAUAGAAUCUGACCACCUUUGCAAGAAAGUUAAUCACAAGAAAAAGAGAUAA